GGAUGCAAGCCAAUUCGUUAAGGAUUCUUCCCAGAGUGCCUCCAUACCUGCCUCCAUCACCAGUCUUGCUACUCUGCAUUACCUUGAUCUCACUAACUUUGAUCUGGUGGGGCCCAUUCCAUCCCUCGCCAGUCUCACCGGCCUCACCCACUUAGCUAUUGGGCCGCUUGACGGCAGCAGGUUGACUGGCACUGUGGACGGACUGGCUUGGCUCUCCUCCCUCACCAACCUGCAAACACUGAGUUUAAAGAGCUUCGAGGCAUUCACUGGGGACUUGUCCUCCCUGCAUAUUCUUUCUCACCUGAGAAAGCUUCAGCAGCUGGAACUCAGUGCGCUCACCAACGCCACAGGGGAGAUCCCCAGAGAGAUUCAAUAUAUGACUUCGCUCACUGGACUGGACCUAGCCUUCCUUCCUGCCGUGGAGUUUCCCAACUGGGUCACCCAGCUCUCCAAACUUCAGUAUCUGAACCUGGAAACGGACGAUCCACACCGGCAGGGGCGACUGCUGAAUGACGACAUCUCAGAGCUCACAGCACUCACCAGCCUGUCCCUCAGCGGAAACAACCUGGAAGGGUACCUGCCCAAGAGCUGGACGAAUCUGGUCAAUCUGCAGUCGCUAAUAUUAAGAAACAACCGUUUUCAAGGAACCAUUCCGACAACAUUCUCGGCCCUAACAAGCCUAUUUGAAAUAGACCUUUCAGGGAAUCUUCUGUCCGGUACAAUUCCCCCUGCGUUUGCCGCCAGCAUCCAGUCAAUAUCUCUCGGCUACAAUACCUUCAGUGGGCCCAUCCCACCACACCUGGCACUGCUCGACCUCGUGAAACUUGGUUUAUCCUCCAACUCGUUCUCUGGAGGCAUCCCAAACACAUUCACUCGCCUCACUCGCCUCACCGAUCUAGACAUGGCUGCCAACAAUCUCAACUCAGGCCUUGACGUGGUGGCUCAGAUGACAUGGCUUCGUUACAUAAGCCUCAAUACCAACAACUUCUCUGGUUUACUUCCACCGUCCUUCAAAGCUUUCAGUGCCCUCUAUUAUCUGGAUAUUGGAAACAACCACUUCACUGGAACUUUUCCAAAUUUUAUUCUGCGCCAAAAGGUUCUUGCUUCCCUGAACUUGAGCAACAACAGUUUCACAGGGAUCAUCCCCCACGGAUUGACCAACCUUGUCUACCUGAUGAAUUUAAAUCUUAAUGACAACAAUUUUCGUGGAACCUUCCCAUAUGGCCUGCUCCGGCUGUCCAUGCUGUCCUCCCUGGCAGUAUCGAACAACUUUCUUUCUGGGGAACUCCCACGGACUCUCAGCAGCAACAUUCUUCUUGAAAUACUUAACUUGGGAGGAAAUGACUUCACAGGUUCCUUACCAGACUUCUCACGCUGGAACAUCAGCUGUACACAGAUCGGCAACAACUUCACAGGGUCUAUUCCCGACUCCAUCUCGACCCUCACCUCCCUUGACGGCAUGCACCAUCCCCUCUGCGAUCUUCACCAUGACGAAUCUGAAACACCU